CUUCACCCAUUUUCAUAAAGUAAAUAAUUAUUAUAAAACCCCAAUAAUUCAAUAAAUACUACCAUUACACACACAAAAACAACACCAAGAAAAAGUAUACUUUUGCAACAUUGAAGACUUUAAAGAAUAACGAGAUGAUGAGAAAUGGUAACGGAGGGUUAAGGGGAAUACAAAAGGUUGGUUUCUUGUCGUCGUCGUCAUCGCCGCCUUCUCGCCGGGGGAUUCAUUUCCCGGUGAAGUGUUUAUCGGACUUUAAUGAUUAUGCUGUUUUGGGUCUUUCUCCUUUUGCUUCCAAGACUGAUGUUAAGUUUGCUUAUAAAAGAUUGGCUUUAAAGUAUCACCCAGAUGUGAUUAGAGGAGAUCAUGUUGCUGAAAAGCAUAGAAUGUUUCGAGAUAUCAAAUCUGCAUAUGAGACUCUGAUGAGAAAGUUUGAAGAGGAAGAACAAUUACAAACGAUGCAAGAUUGUGGUGAUUACGACGAGUGGGAUGAGUGGAUGGGAUUCGAAGGAGGGAUGCCUGCUACUUAUCAUUCUUGCUAAAUAAUUUAAUUUAAUUGUUUCUAGCAUCAUUUGUAAAGCUAAUUAAAUAUCUCUCUGUAUUUUUGUUGUUGUUGUUAAUGUUAAUGUAUGUAUAUAGUUGUACAUUACUUUUAUUAUUAUUACAAAAUGUAUUACAGUAAAUGCUUGUAUAUACAAAUAUCGAUCAUUAGCCUA